AUGGGGGAUGAAAAGGAUGCUUUUUAUGUCGUGCGAAAGGGAGACGUUGUUGGGGUGUAUAGAAGCAUAAAUGAUCUUCAAUCUGUUCUGCAGUCAUCUGUAAAUGACCAUUCUGUAAAUGUCUUCAAAGGGUACGGUUUGUCUAAGGAAGCUGAGGACUAUCUAUCGUCUCAUGGACUUAAGAAUGCUAUUUAUUGUGUUGAUGCCAGCGAUGUGCAAGAUGAUCUUUUUGGCCAACUUAUCACUUGCCCUUAUAGGGAACCAAAUUCUUCCAAAGAUAAGUCAGCUAGCAAGAAUCAUUUGGAUAAGAAGCCACAGGAAGUUGUUGGGUCAGCUUCAUUUCCACCAAAUUCUCCUCCGAUACCACCGCCUGGCAAAUUAGAUAAUUUCCUCCAAGUUCCUCCUAUUUCUUCUUAUUGCUUUUCGUGUAUUAUCGAGUUUGAUGGAGCCUCAAAAGGUAACCCUGGUCUAGCUGGUGCAGGGGCCGUGGUCCGUGUGUCAGAUGGAAGGGUGUAUCGAUUGCGUGAAAGUGUGGGUAUUGCGACUAAUAAUGUUGCUGAAUAUCGUGGUGCCAUUUUGGGGUUAAAAUUUGCACUUUCGAAAGGGUUUAAACAUGUACGGGUGCAAGGAGACUCUAAACUUGUCUGCAUGCAGGUUCAGGGUCUAUGGAGAACCAAAACUCAGAAUAUGACUGAGUUAUGUAAGGUGGCCAAAGAGCUCAAGGAUCAGUUUUUGUCUUUCGAUAUACGCCAUGUUGAGAGAGACUAUAAUACCGAAGCUGAUGCGCAAGCAAACUUAGGAGUACAUCUGAAGGCCGGCGAAGUUCAAGUAGACCUCGAUGAGAAAUAA